AUGACGGCGGGCGGCCAGGCCGAGGGCGCGGGCGCGGGCGCGGACCCGGACCCCAUCUCCUCGCCGCUGCCCUCCCGGCUGGCCAAGCUGCUGUCGGCGCUCUUCUACGGGACCUGCUCCUUCCUCAUCGUGCUGGUCAACAAGGCGCUGCUGACCUCGUACGGUUUCCCAUCACCAAUUGUUCUUGGACUUGGACAGAUGGCAGCCACCAUAAUGAUACUGUAUGUGUCCAAGCUAAAUAAAAUAAUUCACUUUCCUGAUUUUGACAAGAAAAUUCCCGUAAAGCUGUUUCCUUUGCCUCUCCUCUACGUUGGAAACCACAUAACUGGAUUAUCGAGCACAAGUAAAUUAAGCCUGCCGAUGUUUACGGUGCUCCGCAAGUUUACCAUCCCUCUGACUUUGCUCCUGGAAACCGUCAUACUUGGGAAGCAGUAUUCAUUGAGCAUCACUGUCAGCGUCUUCUCCAUCAUUCUUGGUGCUUUUAUAGCAGCUGGCCCUCAGAGAACGGAUAACAUUCCUGGGGUGAUCUUCACAGUUCUUAGCAGCUGGCCAGCUGUGACCUUUCCUUCUUUCCUCUCCCUCAAACUCCAUCAAAAUACAGUAGUUGAAGAACAGCCUUGGUCAGAUGAGCCAGUUUAUGCUGUGGAGCUGGGGAAAUACGGUGUGCUUUUCUACAAUGCCUGCUUUAUGAUUAUCCCAACACUUGUUAUUAGUGUCUCCACUGGGGACUUUCAACAGGCUACUGAAUUCAACCAGUGGAAGAAUGUUCUAUUUAUCAUACAGUUUCUUCUUUCCUGCUUUUUGGGCAUGGCAGGAGGUCUGAGAUACUCCUUCUUAACACUUCGCAGCCAGUCGAAACUAAAACAGCCUGUGGACGAAGAAAGCAUUCCUCUGGAUUUGAAGAGCUAGGAUCUGUGGCUUGCAGACGGGGGGUCAGGGAGACUUUCCCAGAUGUUCGAAUGUGAAGCUGGACUUUUCGGAGGGGGGGACAUACAUCCCCCCUGGUUAAAGUACAGAUAUAAACGUCUACAAAAUGCAGAGAGAAUCUACCUCACACGCCACUGUACGAUGAAUCAUCAUUGGUCCUGAGCAUUGUAUCUGUGCAAAGCCUUAGUGAACAUUUUCAGUGUAAGCCAUUGGUGAAAGGGAUUUUUUUUUUCCAAAGAGAGAUUUGUGGAUUUCUAGACCAGUUGUUUUCUUUGUCACAUGAGACAUGCAAAGCUCUGUCUGAAGUGCAUAAUCUACACAUCUGGGCCUCCCCGCCGUCAGCCGCUUUGUGCUUUCUGAGGUGGCAAAGGAUCCAUGCUGUGUUGGUGACUAUUUUCUUAUCAGCGACUUUGCCGAAGUUCAAAGGUCCCAGCCAAAGCAACGUGCCAAUGGGAAAAAAAAAUCUUUUUUUUUUUAGUUUAAAGAGAUAUGUCUUUAUUUUAAUAGAAUUAGCGAAUUAACUACCUGUAAAGUUAUUUGCUAGCUUUGAUUUACUCUUAUAUGUUUGUAUCUUUUCUUAAUCAUCAAAGUAAAAUAAAAAAUAAUUUAUAUGGCUACAUCAUGUUGUUGUUAGCUGCCACUGAGUCAGCACUUGACUCAUGGGAUCAGGCUGCUGUGAUCCAUAAGGUUUUCAUUGACUAACUUUCGAAAGUAAACUGCCAGGCCUUUCUUCCUAGCCUGGGCGCCUCGCUGAUGUUUGUUCUGCAUCACAGGAGCGUGCACGCCUCCCUCACAGCGGGGCAGUGACUGUGCACGAGGUGCACUGACUGGGAAUCGAGCCUGGGUCUCCUGCAUGGGAAGUGAGAAUUCUACCACCGCUGCCCCUGUGGAUACAUCAUACUGUGAUAUGCUUGUAGACAGGUAGAAAAUAGGAAGUCAGUUAUUUACAAUGUGGAAAAAUGCUCUGCCUUGAAGGGACAUUCCCAGAAAAACAUUAGGUACUCCUUUUGACUCAUGUUGGAAGACCUUGGGAAAUCUGCAAAUAACUCAGCGCAGAGCCAAAAUAAAAAACAAAUGAAAUCCAUCCACCUAUGGCCAGCUGAUCUUUCACAAAGGACCAAAGUCCAUUAAAUGGGGAAAAGACAGUCUUUUUUUUCUUUUUUUGGAAUAUUUCUUUUUUUAUUGUGCUUUAGAUGAAGGCUCACAGAACAAACUAGUUUCUCAUUAAGUAGCUAGUACAUAUAUUGUCUUAUGACAUUAGUUCACAACCCCCCAACAUGUCAACACACUCCUUCUCAACCUUGGGUUCCCUAUUACGAGCUUUCCUGUCCCCUCCUGCCUUCUAGUCCUUGCCCCGGGACUGGUGUGCCCCUUUAGUCUCAUUUUGUUUUACGGGCCUGUCCAAUCUUUGGCUGAAGGGUGAACCUCAGGAGUGACUUCAUUACUGAGCUGAAAGGGUGUCCGGGGGCCAUACUUUUAGGGUUUCUCCAGUCUCUGUCAGGCCAGCAAGUCUGGUCUGGAAGAGACAGUCUUUUUAACAGAUGGUGCUGGCAAAGCUGGUUGUCCAUCUGUAAAAAAAUGGAACAGAACUUAUACGUCACACCGUACACAAAAACUAACUCACAAUGGGUCAAAGAUCUAAAUAUAAAACCUAAAAUGAUAAAGACCAUGGAAGAAAAAAUAAGGAUGAUACUAGGGCCCUAAUAUAUGGCAUUAAUAGAAUACCAAAGAUAACUAAAUACGCACACACAGCAGAAGAUGAACUAGAUAAAUGGGACCUCAUAAAAAUUAAACAUUUAUGCUCAUCAAAAGACUUCAGCAAAAGAAUAAAAAGAGAACCUACAGACUGAGAAAAAAAAUUUGGGUACUACAUAUCAGUCAAGGAUUUAAUCUCUAAAAUCUAUAUAAUACUUCGACACCUCAACAACAAAAAGACAGUCCAGUUAAAAAAUGCACAAACUAUAUCAACAGACAGUUCACCAAAGAAGACAUGCAGGCAGCUAACAGACACAUGAGGAAAUGCUCAUGAUCACUAGCCAUUAGAGAAA